AUGCCCACCCCGUACUCGACCGGCGACAAGACGUCCUUCGGCUGGGUCACCGCCCGCGAGCGUUGGCCUGUCAUUAUUGUUUGUGCUGCCCAUCUUGAGAAGAGACUGUGGCUUUUGCUGACCGCUUUGAUGCAGACCCAGGCCAUUGACGAUCUCUACCGCUCCGUCGCAGCGACCGAUGCCAAGGAGAAGCAGGAGGAGGGCAAGAAGAUCGUCGAGCAGAUCGCCCGCCUCAAGUACGAGGUCCAGCACGACCGCGCCCUUACGCCAAUUGAGGACGACGGAUACCCUGAUGUCGCCAUCUACAACGAGGACCUGAAGAAGCUCGGCGAGCCAACUUGGCUUAACGUUCCCUGGCUCUACUGCGAGUGCUAUCUGUUCAGACGCAUCAGCACCUACUUUGCCAAGUCCACUCACUGGAAGAGCUACGAUGUCUUCGCCCGCCAGAAGAUCAGCACCUUCCGCUCGUCUCGCCCCGCGGUCGUCGAGCUUGCCUCCAAGUACAAGGAUAUUGUCGAGCAAAUCCGUAGCAACAAGGGCGCCGCCAACGAUGAGGCUGCCGAGAAGCUGCUCUUCACUGAGAUGUGCGAGAUCUGCCUUUGGGGCAACGCAACAGACCUGUCGCUUUUGACCAGCUUGACGUACGAGGACAUUCAGAAGCUGCAGGGCUCCGAGGCCCGCAAGGCUUCCGAGAAGAACAUCAUCGCCAACGACCUCCCCGCUGUGUACGAGCUGCUGAAGAAGGCCAAGGCCGAGGGCAAGGCCGAGCGCCGCGUCGACAUCGUCCUCGACAACGCUGGAUUCGAGCUGUACGUCGACCUCAUUCUCGCUGGGUACCUCCUCUCUGCCGGUCUGGCAACACACGUUGUCCUGCACCCCAAGUCCAUCCCCUGGUUCGUCUCGGACGUCCUGCCGGGCGACUUUGCUCAGCUUCUGAGCGCCAUCGCCGCGCCCAAGCCCUUCUACGAGACACCCUCAGAAGACGAGCAGUUGCAGAACAAGACCCCUGAGCCCCUGUCGAGCACGGACGAGGCCAACUUGUCGUUCCUGUUCCAGGAGUGGAGCCGUUUUCACGCGGAGGGGCAACUGAUCCUGAGACCCAACCGCUACUGGACGCAUCCCGGUCCCUUCUGGCAGUUGCCCGAGGAGGCCAAGGAUCUGUACGAGGACCUCAAGGCCAGCGAGGUCGUCAUCUUCAAGGGCGACCUCAACUACCGCAAGCUGACUGGCGAUGCUGACUGGGACGCCGCGACGCCCUUCACGGAAGCCAUCAAGAACCUCGGCCCCGGCUCCGGCGUCAACGUCCUCGCUCUGCGCACCUGCAAGGCAGACGUCGUCGUCGGCCUCCAGCCUGGCGAGGAUGAGAGGCUGAAGGCCCUGCCUGAUGGCGGCGGCGACUCCGGCUGCAGAAAGUGGGGAUGGAGCGGCAAGUGGGCAGUUGUGUCUUUCUCGCCCGGCAAGUGA